AUGUAUGAAGCCAUACGCUCUGGAAAGAGUGCCGUGGUGACGGUGGUGGACGAGUGGCUGGACGGCUACAAGCACGACCGUGAGGCGGGACUCCUGGUGCUCAUUAACUUUGUGGUUCAGUGCUGCGGAUGCAAAGGUGUGGUGAGCAAAGAGAUGUUUGACAACAUGCAGAACGCAGAGAUCAUCAGCACCCUGACUAAGGAGUUUAACGAGGAGUCAGUGAACUACCCUCUGUGCACACCUGGCCCCCAGUGGAAGCGCUUCAAGGCGGGGCUGUGUGAGUUCUUCAGAGUGCUGGUGCGUUCCUGCCAGAACAGCCUGCUCUACGAUGACUACCUGUUCUCCUCCCUGCUGGCUCUGCUCACCGGCCUGUCUGACUCACAGGUCAGAGCCUUCAGACACACCAGCACCCUGGUUGCCAUGAAGCUGAUGACGGCGCUGGUGGAGGUGGCGGUGACGGUGUUUGCCCAGGUGAAGACCACGCAGAGACGCUACGACGUGGAGACGAACAAGAGACCAGAGGACAGAGCCCUGGGGAGGCUGGAGGAGCUGCAGGCCAACGCCAGCCAGCUGCUUGAGCACCAGGAGGAGCUGUCCUCCAUGAUGAACGCUGUGUUCCGGGGGGUGUUCGUGCACCGCUACAGAGACCUGGUGCCCGAGGUGCGGGCCGCCUGCAUCACAGAGAUGGGGGAGUGGCUGAAGGAGAACCCCACUGUCUUCCUGAACGACGGAUACCUCAAGUACAUGGGCUGGACCCUGCAUGACAAGCAAGGUGUGGUGCGUCUGCAGUGUGUGCGUGCCCUGCAGGGUCUGUACCAGGAGAAGGACUUCAUUGGGCGCCUGGAGCUCUUCACCAGCAGGUUCAAAGAGAGGAUGCUGAGCAUGGUUCUAGACAGGGAGCCAGACGUAGCAGUGGAAACCGUCCAGCUGCUGUUGCUCAUCCAACAGAUGACAGAGGAGGGUCUCUCUGAGGAGGAGUGCAGCAGUGUGUAUCCUCUGGUGUUUGCAGCACACAGAGGCCUGGCCUCAACUGCUGGAGCUUUCCUCUACCACAAGCUGUGCAGUGUGAUGGCCAGGGAUAAUGAGGAUCAGGAUAUGGGAGCUCGAAGGUUUGCCUUUCUCCACAUCCUGGUGUGCUUCUACACCCAGAGUGAGUUCCAUGAGCACGGGGCCUACCUGGUGGACAGCCUGUGGGCCGUGGCAGGUUCAGAGCUGAGAGACUGGGAGACCAUGACAUCACUGCUGCUGGAGGAGACAGAGCCUGGCCAGGGUCCGAGUGAUGAGGAGGAGGGGGCGUUGAUAGAGCUGAUGAUGUGUGCCAUGAGGCAGGCAGCAGAGGUGCUCCCCCCUGUGGGGAGGGCCCAGGGCAAGAAGGUCCUCAGCAUGAAGGAUAAGAAGACCCAGGCUCAGGACAGGAGGCGCAUCACGGCCCACUUCAUCCCUCUGCUUCCCCAGCUCCUGGCUAAGUUCUCUGCAGAUGUGGAGAAGGUGACCAGCCUGCUGAAAGCACCGCUUCACUUUGACCUGGAGACCUACAGCAGCACCAGCAGACUGGAGAAGUGUCUGGACGUACUGCUGGUGCAGGUGUGGGCCGUGGUGGAGAAGCACACAGAUGGGGGCGUGCUGGAGGCAUGUGCCCGCGUCACCUGCGCCCUCUCUUCCCCCCGCUACACCUUCUCCUCCCGGGCAGACCUGGCUGUCAGCCAGCUGCUGGACAGACUCACGGACAGAUUCAGCUCCCACCUCAACGACCUGCUGCAGGGGACUGCUGAUGAAGAUGAUGUGUACAGUGCAGCCAACACCCUGAAGAGGAUUGCAGCCUUCAGCUGUGCCAAGGACCUAACAGGCUGGAAGCUGUUUGAGCCCUGCUUCAAACUCCUGAAGAGCGGAACAGAGUCCAGAGAUAUGGACAAGGAGCUCAUGGUACCUGCUCUGAAGUGUGCAGCCUUUCACCUGCUCUGGGAGAGACAGAAGGUGUCCUGCUCCACACCCUCUGAGGUGGAUUUGAAGCAGCUGAGGAAGGAGUUUCGUUCGUUCUGUGUGGUGUGUCAGAGCUGUCUGUCUGUGGUCCAUGCAGAGAUCAGGGACCAGUCGUUUGAGCUGCUGUGUGACCUGCUGCUGCUGUUUGGGCUGGGCUCUAUGAGGUCUCAGCCUGCCCUGCACAGCCUGGCUCUCCCUCCCUGCGACCCGCUCCGCUCUGAGAUGGCUGCCUUCCUCCUGGACCACGUCUUCACUGAGCCUGACGACCAUGAGCUGGCAGGUGAGGAGGAGGCUGAGGUCAGGAUAUCCACGCUGCAGCGCAGGAGGAACCAGCUGGCGGGCUACUGUAAGCUGGUCAUCUACGGAGUGCUGGACCUCAGUGCAGCCACCGACAUCUUCAGACACUACAGCAAGUUCUACAAAGACUACGGUGACAUCAUCAAGGAGACGCUGUGUAAGACCAGGAUGAUGAGUCCGGUACAGAGCGCCAGGACGCUGUGUCUGAGCCUGCAGCAGAUGUUCACAGUGCAGGUGUCUGAGGAGCAGGGAGCUCGUGACCUGGGGGAGAUCAGAGAUCUGGCCCGACGUCUGGCCAUGAGCUUCGGCAUAGACCUGCAGCGCGUACGCAGCCCCUUGCUGGCCCUGCACACCGACGGGAUCCGGUUUGCGUUCCGGGAGGCGGAGGAUGGGGACUCGCCCCCUAACCUGGCGUUCCUGGAGAUCCUCAGCGAGUUCAGCUUCAAGCUCCUCCGUCAGGACCGCGCCCAGCUGUUGGUGUUCCUGAAGGGUGAGUGUGGAUCUGCUGCCCCCUCCUGGCCGGCUGUGAAAAUGUACCAUCGCUCCCUGCAGCCUGGCUCCUCCAGGAGCGCUGAGGGCCCGUCCCCCCACAGCACGCCUGUGGCCAAGCGCAGACGACCCUCUCCCCCUGUGUCCAUUGUGAGUGAGGGGGCUUGGCUGGACAGUAGUGGUGUGAGGGGCAACAUGCCCGGCCCCACCCUCACCUCCACCCUGGAGAAGCAGCCCCCUGCCCACACCAGCUACGCGGCCAGUACCUUCUCCGAGCCAGAAUCUGACGACUUCAUAGAGGGGUCAGUGAUGCGCAGGGUGGAACCUAACAGACCAGCCCAGCCCAGCCCCUCUCAGCUGGACUCCCAUCUCACACUACUCACCCUGAUCGAGGAAGACGAGCAGGAGGCUGAUAUAGACGAGUUUGAGAGCGAUGAUUCUGACAGCGAGACGGCUGUCACACUGCCCUCGACUCGACGCUCCACGAGUUACCUAGAGGAUCUGUUCUAGUGGGACGGUGCUGCAGGCUGGCAAGGAGGCUCUGGGG